UGGUGGCGGCGGGGGGCGGGCGCCGGCACUCGGAGUCGUCCGCUGCCGCCGCGCAGAGCCGCCGCCGGGCCUGAGGCCGAGCCGCCGCCGCCAUGCCGUCGGAGAAGAGCUUCAAGCAGCGCCGCACCUUCGAGCAAAGAGUGGAAGAUGUCCGACUGAUUCGAGACCAGCAUCCAACUAAAAUACCAGUGAUCAUUGAACGGUACAAGGGAGAGAAGCAGCUUCCAGUUUUGGAUAAGACCAAGUUCCUGGUGCCAGACCACGUCAACAUGAGCGAGCUAAUCAAAAUCAUCAGGCGACGCCUGCAGCUCAACUCCAACCAGGCCUUCUUCCUGCUGGUGAACGGACACAGCAUGGUCAGCGUCUCCACACCCAUCUCCGAGGUGUACGAGAGCGAGAAGGACGAGGACGGCUUCCUCUACAUGGUCUACGCCUCUCAGGAGACUUUUGGAGCGCAACCUUCCAUCUAAGGCUCGAGGGCGGCUUCCAGCCUUGGAGUCUGGGUUCCCCUUGGCCAUCGCCCCCCACUCCUCCCCACACACACCCCAGGGAAAGAAACGGAUGUCCCUUAGCAUAGUGUCGCUCUAGCAGGUGUCUCAUCUCCCCUCGCCUUGUUUGUGACUGUGAAUGAGUGCAGACCAGCUCCUCCGCCUUGCAACCUGCUGUACGUCCCACACAGGCACAGUCACGGCUCUGGACUUGAGGGGUGGAACCCGAUGGCGCUGGCAAAGGAAGGGACACUCGAGUGACUCUUAACAAGCAAACGGGCACCAGGGAGGAGCUGGAGGGUUCUGUGUGACAGUUUCCUGGAAAAUCUCCCUCUGAUUUCCUUGAAAGUUUUGUUUGUUUUUCUUUCUCCAGUGGGAAAUGCUUCUCACACGGGUCUGUUCUGAAGCAGAGCUCAGGCUCCUGCAGCUCGCUCCCGCUCGGCAGCGCUGGGGCGGGUGCUUGGGGCGAGCCGGGGGCCUGCAGCUCUCCUCGUCUCCCUUUUAUUUGUUGUGUGGCACCACAGGCGUAGGAAAGGUGCCAGUUUCUGAAAUACUCAUACCAAACAGCACAGCUUUAUCGUAGGUUUAGCAAGUGUUUAACUGUAAAAUACUCACCUGGACAGGCAACACUGAAAUAAACUCCAGUCUGUUAUGAAUUUCUAA